AUGUCGGACAAAGUCUUCCCUUCAUCCAACCCACCGCCACGGCUGCUCCACCGACCGCCAACGGCGGCAAUGCUGGAGUUCCAGCCAACGGUGGCACCACAAAACCCCACCUCUAUAACCCGACUUCUCGUCCGCCAUAUCGUCCACAACCCUAUAACCACCGUCACCGUCCACGGCGGAACUGUUGUUGCUGCUGCUGUUUCUGGACCAUCCUCUGAUGUUUCUAUCGGCAACGGGUCAUUACCACCUUUGGUCAGUAACAGCAAAAACGAGACGACUUUCAGGGGAGUUGUGGUGGCGACAUCGAGUGAUCUGGAUGAGGAGACGGCCAACAAUCUGAGACCGGAUCUGAAGAAGAAAAAUGGGAUCUCGUUGAAAGUUGAGAUGGAUACCAAAGCGACGGUGAAACUGGGUGGAUUGAAGAGCAAGAAAGUCGGGAUCAGGGUUUCGUGUGACGGGGUUAAAGGGGUUGUUCCAAAAGGCAAAUCGCCGUCGGUGGCUAAUGUUGCUGGUGCCAAGUGUAAGCUUGAUCUCAGAAUCAAGAUCUGGAUAUGGACGUUUUAG